AUGUCCAUCAAAACAGUUGCCGUCGUUGGUGCAUCCGGCCUCGUUGGUCUGCGAGUCGUCAAAGCCCUCCUGGAAAAGAAAUUUGAAGUAACAGCCAUCUCCCGCGAAGCUUCCACCGCAACAUUCCCAUCUGGCGUCGCCGUCCGCAAGGCAGACCUGUCGUCUGUUGAGUCCCUCACGGCCGCCUUCGCCGGUCAGGAUGCCGUCAUCUCUGCCAUCUCCACUGUCGCUGUCAUCGUCCCCGGUUCACAAGACCCGCUCAUCGAUGCGGCGAUCGCUGCUGGCGUGAAGCGCUUCAUCCCGUCCGAGUAUGGCCUCAACACACGCACCUUGGAGGGUGAGAUUCUUGGCGACUGGCUCAAGUCCAAGACGGCCGCUGUCGACUACUUGAUCAAGAAGGCCGAGGCUAACCCAAGCUUCACCUGGACUGGUAUUGGUACAAGUCUUUUCUUCGAUUGGAGCAUCACCCGAGGAAUCUACGGUAUUUCACUCGAGAACAAGAGCAUCACAAUCUUCGACUCCGGAAACCAGAAGGUCUCGACGACAUCGCUUGCUUUCCUCGCUGAGGGCAUUGUCGCGGUGCUGCAACACCCCGCCGAAACCGCCAAUAAGUACAUUAACAUUGUCGAAUUCGAAGUCACACAGAACCAGCUCCACAAGCUGUUUGAAGAGGAGACGGGGUCAAAGUUCACAGUCGAGCAUAAGACUGCCGAUGAGGCAGAGAAGGAGGGUAAGGAGAAGCUCAAGGCUGGGGGACGUUUCCCCUUUGAAGAGUUUUUGCAAAAGUACUGGUUUGGCGACGUACCUGGCCACACUAUCAAAGAGGAAGAUAAGUCAAACAAGAUUCUGGAACUUCCCCAAAGUGACUUGCGGGAGGUUGUCAGAAGAUACAUCAAGGAGCACAGUACAUAG